CAUACAUUCAGGAUAACUCACAGACACAUGCAAACCUCGCAAUGUGGGUGGAUUUGGUGGAUUCCUCAGGAUUGAAGCCACAAGAAGGAGCAAUCCACCUCCACAAGAUCUGCAACGCGAGAGGCGCUGGCUGGUGGGAGAGAGCGGGAUUCCGGCGCUUGAGUGGGUGGAAAGGGUUGCAGCAGCAGCAGCAGGAGCAGCGAUGAUGGCCAGAGCGGAGAGCGUCGCAGUGCAAGCUCUGCGAAAUGUGAUGCAGCGCGUGAGUCAAGCCAGCGAGCGUGCUAAUCGGCCCGCCUCCCAGGUGCGACUUGUGGCGGUGAGCAAAACGAAGCCGGUGGAACUGGUUCAGGAGGUUUACGAUGCUGGGCAUCGACACUUCGGAGAGAAUUAUGUGCAAGAACUUAUUGACAAAGCCCCUCAGUUACCCCAGGACAUCAAGUGGCACUUCAUCGGACAUCUUCAAAGUAACAAAGCGAAAGCUCUUAUCACCAGCGUUCCGAACCUGUACAUGGUAGAAGGCGUUGACAGCCAGAAGGUAGCAAAUCACUUGAAUCGAGCGGUGAGUGGACUUGGAAGACCACCUUUGAGUGUCCUUGUGCAAGUGAACACCAGUAGGGAGGAAUCUAAAUCAGGAGUGAAUCCUUCGGAGUGUGUGGAUCUGGCAAAACACUUGAAGGAAGAGUGCCCAAAUCUGAGAUUCUCAGGAUUGAUGACCAUCGGCAUGCUUGGUUACUCAUCCACUGCUGAAUUUUUCAAGACUCUGGUGAAUUGCAGGGAAAAAGUGUGUAAAGAGCUUGAGAUUCCAGUGGAGGAAUGUGAGCUAUCCAUGGGCAUGUCGGGGGACUUUGAACUUGCCAUUGAGAUGGGAAGUACGAACGUGAGAGUUGGAUCUACUAUAUUUGGAGCACGAUCAUAUCCAGGGAGACAGUAAUCCUGAGCUCGACCGCUACUAGCACUAUUGGCAAUUUUGUUUGCCCAAUAUUGUUUCUGGAUAAGAUUCUUAUCAUCAGAUUCUUAUCAUAUUAAACAUUAUCAAGCGUUCAUUUUCUCACCGUACCCAAAAAGUAUUUGAAAAUAAAAUUUGGAAUUCCGGACAUAUCUUUUGAUUUUUUGAAA